GCGGAGUAUUAGUUCUCGGAAAGGCCGCCAGCACACCAUGCGCCUCAUCACGCACAUCACGCACAACAUGCUCUACUGCAACAAGAAGGGCGUCUCGAACGGCUUCCCGCUGCGCCUCUCGGCCGACGAGACCGAGGUCGUCGCCUCGGACUUUAACGCUGACUUUGUCAAGAAGAUGCUCGCCAAGAUCGACUAUGCCGCCUUUCACGGCGCGGCCACGGCGCUCGGCGUUGCCGACGGCCUGCCAUCGGCCAUGACCGAGGCCGAUAUGGCCAACGAAGAGGUGUUGAAGAAGGUCCAGCACGCGCUGCUCGACGUGCACGUCAAGAAGGGCACGCUCACGUGCCCCGAGUCGGGCCGAGAGUUUCCGAUCGUCGAUGGCAUCCCCAACAUGCUCCUGCGUGAAGACGAAGUAUGAGAAGAGACAGGCCACAUCGUAAUAAUUCAUUCGCACACAUGUUAUCUAGCA